AUGAAAGCCCCCUUGGGGAAGGAGGUAGUGAAGAUGUCUGGCAGCGACCCUGAGCGCCCCCAGUUCCUCUUUGUGAAGGUGCUGGCGAGCUGGGGGCGGCUGGAGGCGGUGACCCAGCAGAUGGGCUACCACCCGCAGUACCUGGACAGCUUCCUCAAGAUGCAGCACUACCUGAUGCACAUGGACGGCCCGCUGCCCUUCGACUGCCGACACUACAUCGCCAUCAUGGCAGCUGCCCGGCACCAGUGCCGGUACCUGGUGAACCUGCACGUGCUGCAGUUCCUGCGGGCGGGGGGCGAUCCCCAGUGGCUACGUGGCCUCGACUUCAUUCCCCCCAAACUCCGCAACCUCAACGAGAUCAACAAGAUCCUGGCGCACCGGCCGUGGCUCAUCACCAAGGAGACCAUUGAGGGUGGCAACGGCUGCAGCCAGGAGCUGCUGCGCAUCAACCGCAAGCGGUCCCUGGACUCCUGCAUGGAGCUGGAUUCCCUCCGGGAACGCAUGCAGCGGAUCCAUGUGGAGACUGAAGGCAGGGAGGAGACGUGGCUGCUGCAGCAGGACCGAGAGGAAGAUGCUGACAGGGAAGUCACUGGUGCCACCAACCUUGCAUGCUACAUGCAGGAUCCUGACUUUGGAUACCAGGACUUUGCCCGGCGCGAUGAGGACCAGGCGCAGGUAUUCAGAGCCCAGGAUUACUCCUGGGAAGACCAUGGCUUCUCACUGGUCAACCGGCUCUACUCUGAUAUUGGGCAUCUCCUGGAUGAGAAGUUUCGGAUGGUGGAUGGUCUGCAAAGCAGUGCCAUGGCCAAGAGGCAGGGCUGUGAGCCCUCUGUCUUCAAGCGGGGCAUCUGGAACUACAUCCACUGCAUGUUUGGCAUUAGGUACGAUGACUACGAUUAUGCAGAAGUGAAUCACCUCCUGGAGCGAAUGCUCAAAGUUUACAUUAAAACUGUAACCUGCUACCCAGAGAAGACAAACCCAGAAAUGUUUGACAGGUUCUGGAAGCAGUUCAAGCACAGUGAAAAGGUCCAUGUGAACCUGCUUAUCCUGGAAGCCCGGAUGCAGGCAGAGCUGCUGUAUGCACUGCAGGCCAUCACCCAGUACAUGAUCUCCUAGACAGUGGAGACCUGCACUGCAGCAGGGCUGGGCAGCAGCCUCUCUCCCUGGACUCAUGUGUGACCUGUCAUGCUGGGACAGAUGGCAAGGGAUUACUCCAUUUAGUUUACUUGACUGUCUUAUUCCUUUUUUUUUUUUUUAACUCCCCCCCUCGUGGGGCUUGGUGAGCAGCCCUGUUAUGUGCAAUUACCAAACUGUGAGGCAA